AUGGCGGUCAAGGCAGCCAAGCGCAAGGAGUCGCUGAUCGGAUCAAUCCGCGGGACUCUACUGACAUAUGACAAUCUGCGAACGUACUACUUCACAAAGUCGUAUCGCCACUUGCGAGCAAGAGGCGUCGCUCCAACACUUCACGAUGGCUAUCUCUGGCUAGCAAAGUCUGUCUUCAGUCUUGUGCUGUCUACACCGCCAGCGCGAAGGAAGGUCAAUCAGCAGCUACAGGCGGCCGAAGACGACAUCAUCGCCAAAGUCGCGCCCAAGCAUGAAGGGCUCUCUUCUAAUGCUACGCUACCUCACCAUGGCAUGCCGAAAGACUGGGUAGAGGGCGAGCUGGAGAAGAUGGAGCAACUCAAAGCGACAAAGUGGGCCGAUGGGCGUGUCUCGGGCGCCGUCUAUCACGGUCACACUGAAGGCGAGAUUGGUCAAGUGAUACAACAAGCGAUGGCGCGCUUCAUUCUCACCAAUCCACUCCAUCCCGAUGUGUUUCCCGGCAUUCGCAAGAUGGAAUCCGAAGUCGUCAAGAUGUGCCUCGCCAUGUACAACGCAGACGAGAACGGCGCAGGCACGACUACCAGCGGUGGCACAGAGAGUAUCCUCAUGGCGUGCAAAGCCUACCGCGAUUGGGCAAAAGCUACAAAGGGCGUCACGGAGCCAGAGAUGAUCAUUCCUGUGUCUGCGCACGCGGCCUUCUCCAAAGCAGGCGAUUACUUCGGUAUCAAAGUUCACACCAUCUCCGUUGAUCCCGUUUCGCGCAAGGUCAACGUCAAGCAGGUCAGACGCGCCAUCAACAAGAAUACAAUCAUGCUGGUCGGAUCUGCGCCCAACUUUGGCGACGGCAUCAUCGACGACAUACCUUCUCUGGCUGCACUUGCGCUCAAGCACAGGCUCGGUCUGCAUGUGGAUUGCUGCCUCGGUUCAUUCCUGGUGCCUUUCCUCGACAAGGCCGGCUUCCCGAGCGAGCCUUUUGACUUCCGUGUCAAAGGCGUCACGAGUAUAAGCUGCGACACCCACAAGUAUGGCUUUGCGCCCAAGGGCAGUUCGGUCGUUCUCUACCGAAACAAAACAUAUCGCAAGUAUCAGUAUUACAUCAUUACCGACUGGCCAGGAGGCGUCUAUGCGUCACCCUCGAUUGCAGGCUCGAGACCUGGUGCACUGAUCGCAGGUGCAUGGGCAGCGAUGAUGUAUAUGGGCCAAUCGGGUUAUGUCGAAUCCUGUCAACAGAUCGUUGGUGCCGCGAAGCGUAUCGAAUCAGCUAUUCGCACCCAAGUACCCGAGCUGCACAUUCUAGGCAAGCCACUCGUCAGCGUUGUUGCGUUCGAUUCCGACGUCGUCGACAUCUACGAAGUCGGAGAUCGAUUGGGCAAGAGAGGCUGGCAUCUGAAUGCACUACAGAACCCGCCCGCUUUGCAUAUCUGCUGCACCCGACUUACCGUUGCUGCCGUCGAGGACCUGAUCGCCGACAUCAAAUGGGCAGUGCAAGAAUCAAAGUCUGCUGGGCCCGGCAAAGGAGACAUGGUCACCUUAUAUGGAUUGGGCCGCUCGACUGUCGUCGGACCUGGGUUGGUGGCAGAGAUGGCCUCGAGAUACAUCGACACGCUCACACACUUUGCGGGCUGA